AAGACAUUUACCUUGACCACGGUCACUAAUUUAGUGCACGCGUCGAGUUUGUACCGGUCGUGUUUGAGUGUUGCAUUAUGAUUUGCAUAAAGUUAUUACUCUUUUGUUUUUUAAGUGUGUGUGACUUUGGUCGCAUACAAGGUCAGUUAUUGACAAAGGAGAGCGGGUUUGAUUUAAACAGUUUGUUUGGAAAUCUUUUUCCUAAUUUUGGUUUUCGGAGAAAUCCCCAAGCCAAUUACCCCGGUACUUCGCAAUACCCAAUUAAUGAGGGGCAGUUGAACAAUCCCCAAGGAAAUAUUUGGAAUAAUGGAAAUGGCAAUCCCGGGAUGAAUUAUCCGGCUAAUUCACAAUAUUACCCAGGCACCGCGAUUCAGGGUCAGCAGAGGCCUACCGGAAAUAAGAAUGACUGGAAUAACCCCGGAUCGUCUGUGAACCAAGUGCAAGGAAAUUAUCCUCAAACUUCGGUACCACGUCAAGGAUGGAAUAGUCCCCAAACACUGAUGAGAUACCCCAACCAACAAGGAGCACAAGGGGAUUAUCCACAAACGUCGUUACCAGGUCAGGGAUGGAGUAGUCCCCAAACUCAGACAGGAUAUCUAAACCAACAAGUACCACAGGGUCAGCAAAAGCCCACCGGAAAUGAAAAUACAUGGAAUAACCUCGGCUUGCCUGCCAAUCCAAUACAAGUCAAUCAACCUGGUCAAUAUCCUGACACAGGAAGGAAUUGGAAUGGAAUCGGUGCUAAUGUUAAUUCAAAUAAUCCAAACAUGCCGUCCUACCCGCAGAAUGGAUUACAGACUGGUGCGGCCUACUCAGGCCAGGAGAAUGCAAAAAAUCCCAAUUAUUAUCAACCUGGCAAUCCUGGCAAUGAUAAUGUUCAGAAACUUAACCCUAAUUACCCGACAGCGAAUAAUUGGAAUAAUGGUUUAAAUCCGCGUGUUAAUUAUCCAGGGAACCCUCAGCCGUAUCCAGUAAAUGGAAUUCAGACUGAUGUGCCAAAUAGUUGGAAUGCUAACCAAAAGAGUAACCAGGGGUACGAAAGUCCAAGUCAGUUGGGCUAUCAGGGUGGCCAACUUCAUCCUGGUACUAACUACCAAAAUGGAUACCCAAGUCAGAACGGAUAUCCGCCUCAGAGUGACUCCUACACGGGCUUUCGGAACGAGGCCUCACAAUACCCCAAUCAAAGUGAGCAGGCGGAUGUAGCUGUCACAACAGAAAAGGCUAUAUUAGGCAAUCCGGUCAUUAUUUCCGAAAUAAAGCCUCCGUCAACCCCUAAAAGUGAGGUGGAUGGAGCCCAAACAAAAUGUGUUCAAGAUUGCUCUACCUCAUCGGAUUACCAACCCAUAUGUGGAACAAAUAAUGUGACAUAUUUCAAUGAAGAGAAAUUUGAAUGCGCGCAAAAAUGUGGAAUAGAAGUGGCGAUUCGACAACAAGGCGCGUGUGAUGGGCAUUAAAAGAUGUGUUUUAUUUUAUAAAUAAAAUGUAUUAAGACUAA